UCGAUUUACUUCUCUCGAACGUCAUUGUGAACACUGGUAUUCGGACAACACAUCUUCGGUACUGAAGAGUGUAUGGUCUUCCAUAUCAGCUCUAACUAAUGAGUCUGUAGAAAGUGGUUGAAACGGCUGUCAUGUGCUCUGAAGAAUUUCAGGCAAACAGCCUAUUCAGAGACUAUUUUAAUGCCUUUCUUUCUCUUCCGGUUUUCCCAGAACUUAUACAAUACAGGGUGGAACACCGUGGUUUUGAAGUCUAUGGAUGUGCUAAGGGUCAUGGCCAGAAAGCAAACAGUAGCAAUCAACCCAUGAUGUUGAUCAAACAGGAAGAUAUCAUGGAAUGGCUAACUAAAAAUCGGCUAACUCUGUUCCAUGACAGUUGCAUUUAUCUACAGUACAGGCUAGCAAAUCGGUUAUCUGAAAGACAAGAAAAGAAAAUAUCAUCAAAACAUGAAAUGGACUGUUUCAUUGACUUUCUGAAAGGCACAGCAGGAGAAGUAAGUCUUUCAUUUUGGAUAGCUGCAGAGCAAAUGCAUCUUGCUCGUGACGUAGGAGUUAAGAACAGCCUCUUGUGUGCAAUUCGAGACAAUUUCCUCGGCUCACAAAGCAACAAUGAUUUCUGUAUUGAAAUUGAAUACCUUGUAGGCUUGACAGUAGCUUCACUGUCACAACAAAAAGUAACAGAGGCUCAGGGUGUUGUGCUGUCAACGUUAGCUACAUACUGGAGAACAAGAUUUCUACACUAUACUUACGGAAAAGACGCUAAAUUUUCAAAGCCUGUAGUUGUUAAGGCAGCCAAUUAUACUCCUACCUUUUGGUGUUGCAAGCUUUCCAAGCUAUGUGUGACCUCUGAUACCUGUCAAUUAGCCGAACCUCAGUCCUGUACAGAUAACCUGUUGACAGUUCUGCCCAUACAACAUCUAAGCGGAAGUUAUUUGUGGAAGUUCUUGGUACGAACUCAGAACAAGGAUUGGAUGGGAUAUUAUUCUUGUUGGUUUGACAUGCAUUCAUUGAAACUAUUGUGUUCACACAACCUUCAUACGAAUCCUUGUCGUACAUUGAUUGAACAGGCAAAAAUCAUAUUAUCCCAUUGGGCUGACACUCUAAAGAACAUUAGCGAUGGCUCAAUAAGGAAGUUUUUCCUAACUGAAUUGCUGUGGCCCGACAUGGCUGCCAGCGACCUCUUCCAAGUAGUAGAUCAAUUUGAACAAUUGCUAGUAAAUGUUCUUCGAGCACCUUGGACCCUGCUCAGAACUAAAGACAAAGAAGACAUCAUGAAGAUGCCUUGCUCCAGAAUCACUCAGGAGCAGUCUAUCCCAUUUUCACCUACCUCAGAUGACAAACCACAACCUAUCAUCACUGACACAGAGAAGUCUAGAAUUGAGACAAAACCCCAAACCAAAUCUCUUGGCAUUCGGGAAGCAUUCACAUUUGACAGAUUAAUACGCAACAGAAUGGAACUUGAACAUUUCCAACAAUUUCUGGCUGACCGUCAUGUAGCAAAAGAUCUCAUGUUAUGGAUUGAUGUUGAAGAGUUCUUGCACAUUCCCAACAAUGAAGUUCGCCUGCGCAGUGCCAAAGCUCAACUGAUAAAGUCAAAAUACCUGCACAAGCAAUACUUUUUCAGUGCCAUUGGUCCAGCUAACAAAACUGAACAGAAAAAGAUACUCUUGUUGGCGGGUGGAAAAAUUGGAAAUCGUCCAUCAACUGCAGUUCUAACUAAAGUGCAAGCAAGUGCAAGAUCAAGAAUCGAGUCAAGGUGGUUGCCCAUGUUUACUUCUGGACAGGACUUUGAAGGUCGUCAAAGUCCACAAGUGAGUGGUAUGUCUGAUGUUGUUGAAAUGAUAAUGAGCCAGCAGCAAUGGGCUCGACGAGUUUCAAACAGUGAAAGCAACAGUUUUAGGCACAGUGACAACUCCAAACAACCAUGGAAGGAAGUGUUUGCUGAUAAAUGGGCAGCAUCUUCAAAAGACAUAGUUGCUCUCCGUCGUGGAAUGUUGAAUCCUGUCGUAUGCCAUCAGUUUCGUAGCUUUGUGUCACUAAAAGAUGGUGGAAACCCAUUUGCUGAGAAUGAUAUACUAUUCUGGUUGGAAGCUGAAAGAUUGAAGCACUUCUGUUCUGGACAGUUGGACAUGAAUUUGGUUUACAAAAAGGUACAAGCUGUUGUUAGUCAGUUCAUUGACUCAGCAAUACCUCCAGCUUUGCAUAUCACGAUACCGCAAGAGAUGGCUCAAAGAAUUCGACGAUGUGUUCCCAUUGCAGGACCAUACCUAAUGAAAGAAGCACAAGAUACAGUAUUCCGAAUACUGUUUACGCACUGGCUCGACUUCUGUAAAUGGAAGGGACAACAUCAGGCUGGGGAACUUCCAUUUGAUCAAUUACAAAAAGAAAUACAUAAAGACCGAAGGUCUAGCAAGAGUGAUGGCCAAACAAAGUGGAAACCACGAUCGGAUUCAAUUUUCUCCCGAACAUCAUAUGAUGGAAGAAAUGAUGACAACUGGAUAGAUGAUGAGAGAGGAUCCAAACUGAUGUUUACACUUUCUCUCUACAAUGAAACUGGAAACAUCUACAUUGUUAGAAGCGGGAAAAGAGGGAAGGUGUGUAAAAGUAUAUACAACCAUGAACCACUUCAUGAUUUCUUUCAGUCAAACGUUAGUCACUUACCAUAUCUUCCUGAAAAAUCCAAACCAGCAAUGCACCAAAAAACUAGAUUCAAUGUGACAGAUAGCAUAUGAACCAAUUAC